UCGGUACGACAGGCAUUCUAACCCCACAACGCCCACAACUGUCAGAUUUUAACGCUUGAUAACUUUCUCAUCAAUGCCGAGCGACGAUUUUAAUUGCCGCCGUGUCGGCUCAGUGGUCAGUGAGCCGAGUGCCAAUAAUAAGAAUAAUUUUAAUUGCCGGAUCCUUUCGUCUCGUGUUAAAACGCGUCGAGCGAGCAUGAUUUUGUCGACAUGUGAACUGAAGCCCGUAUUCUAAAUAAUUACCCAAUAAACAAAGCACGACGGACGUCAAUCAAACCGACCGUAGGAAAUGGCAAGAAUCCCAAACGAUUCCGCGCAGCGACCGCGGUAUAGUUCAGUGUAAUUCAUAUAGUUGGCGCGAACACGAACGGCAGGUGUAUGUGCACAUGUACCGACCACACUUGCGAAAGCAUCAAACACGAGAACGUACAGAAUUAACGAGUCAGACAGGAUGUGAUUGCGCGAAUGACACGCGAGAAGAUGUCACGUUUGAAACGCGCCGCCAAGUGACAGCCGAGUAAUAUUCGCGUCUCGUGACUAGGUAUGCCGAGGACGCGCCGUAUUGGGGACUUUAGCCUACCUUUCAACAGCGGCGCCGACUCCAAUCUGUCACAGGAUCGAGUGCCUUUCGCGGCAGCAAUGUCGGCGGCAUGUCUCUCGUGGUGCUGACCGUGCACAGCAAUAAGAAUUGAGAUGUCACCGUUCCGGAGGAAAAAGUCCGGGAGGUCCUUCCCCGUCAAAGUCUGCACCUUGGACGCAGAGCUCGAAUUUAAUCUGGAGUGGCGAUCAACGGGCAGAGACUUGUUCGAUCUGGUGUGCCGCACGAUAGGACUGAGGGAGACGUGGUACUUUGGACUUCAAUACGAAGAUGCCAAGGGUUUUAUUUCCUGGUUAAAAUUAGACAAGAAAGUUCAAGAUCAAGGUAUUCCGCAGCAACCGACAACGUCGUUCAUGUUCUUAGCAAAAUUUUAUCCCGAGGAUGUGUCUGAAGAACUUGUACAAGAAGUUACUCAACAUCUGUUCUUCUUACAAGUAAAACAAGCUAUAUUGUCCAUGGAUAUUUAUUGCCCGCCUGAGGCUUCUGUGUUACUCGCCUCUUAUGCUGUCCAAGCAAAGUACGGCGAUUAUGAUGAGGUUUCGUAUCGCCCUGGAAUGCUUGCCAGUGAGGACUUGCUUCCACAAAGAGUUAUAGAUCAAUAUCAAAUGACGCCAGAAAUGUGGGAGGACAGGAUAAAAAUUUGGUACGCCGAUCAUCGUGGCAUGUCUCGAGAUGAAGCGGAAAUGGAGUAUCUUAAAAUUGGUCAAGAUCUCGAUAUGUAUGGUGUGAAUUAUUUUCCUAUUAGUAAUAAGAAGGAGACAGAUCUUUGGCUCGGGGUAACAGCAUUAGGCUUGAAUAUUUAUGAAAAGGAGAAUAAACUGGCACCGAAGACUACGUUUACAUGGUCGGAAAUUCGUCAUAUUAGUUUUGACGACAAGAAGUUCAUAAUUAAGCCUGUGGAAAAAAUAUCAGCAAACUUCAUGUUCUUCUCACAGAAAACUCGCAUGAACAAACUGGUAAAGAAACAGUCAGAUGCUAGCAGCUGGGUGAGGGGUUUGAUUGCUUUAAAGUUCAACGAUCAUAAUAGUGAUACAGCUGCUCACGUAUUAUUUGUUAAGAUCCUAGACUUGUGUAUCGGCAAUCACGAUCUAUAUAUGAGGAGGCGCAAACCGGACUCCAUGGAAGUUCAACAAAUGAAAGCACAAGCCAAGGAAGAAAAAUCCAGGAGGCAAAUUGAAAGAAAUAAAUUAGCACGAGAAAAACAAUUAAGAGAAGCAGCAGAAAGGGAAAAGGCUGCGAUGGAACAGCGACUUUUGCAAUAUCAAGAGGAAAUAAGACUAGCGAAUGAAGCUCUUAGAAGAUCUGAAGAAACGGCAGAUCUUUUAGCUGAGAAAAGUCGUGUGGCAGAAGAAGAAGCAAUGCUUUUAAGUCAGAAAGCAUCGGAAGCUGAACAAGAAAUUACUCGUAUACGGCUGAACAACAUGAAGACUGAAGAAGAAAAGGUCCAUUUAGAACGAAAAACUAGGGAGGCUGAAUUAUUAACGGAAAGACUGGUUCAAGAAUCGGAACGUAGAGCUGCUGAAGCGGAAAAGUUGAAGGAUGAGCUAUUACGAGCAAGGAUCGCAGAAAAAGAAGCUAAAGAAAAAUUGUUAGAGUUCCUGAGUAGAAAUGCCUACACUGCUACCAUAACCCCUGUGCCAAAUCUAUUUCCCUCUACGCAAGUGCUUCCAUCAGAUCUACAAGCAGAUCUUCAGACUUUGCAACUAGACGCAGAACCUUUACCACCAGACUUAACAUCCUAUGAUCUUAUUGGUGAUGGAGAUGUUGAUCAACUUUCAUUAGAGAUUGAAAGGGAAAGGAGUGAUUAUUUGGAGAAGAGUAAACAUUUGCAGGAACAAUUGCGAGAAUUACGUUCCGAAAUUGAGGGUCUGAAGGUCGGUGAAAAGCAGUGUGAAUUGGAUCAGUUGCACGAGGAACAAGUCCGACUCGGCGAGAAUAAAUACAGUACACUAAAAAAAGUCAAAUCUGGAUCUACUAAGGCUAGAGUCGCCUUUUUUGAGGAAUUGUAAUUCUUAAAAGUAGUGUUAGCAAACGUGAAUUAAUAGAAUACUAGUAAAAUUCAAUUAAUACUUAAAAAUUAAAAAGAUCAUACAGAUAUACAUAUGCGCAUGCACACACACACAUACUCACACACCAGAGGGAGGAGCAGCGUAUCCACAGACAUAAUAUAGAAUACUCAAUUGUGCUAUAUUACAGAGUAUUCCAUUUCUCGAUUAGAUUUCUUAAUAAAUUUGGAACUAUCUUAUAAAAUUUCUGAAGAUGUUUCACAUAUAUGUAUUGAAUAUAGAAAAUUACAUUACAUAUAAAAACAAGACUGUUCGAAAACAUCACUCGCGUGACCUAGUGUAUUUUUUAUCCUCGUUGCUCACCAAGUGUUAACCACAAAUAAAAUGAUACACUGAGUCACUCGAGUAAUGAUUUCAAACACUACCUAGACUAAACCAAAAAAAAGACAUCUAAAAAAUGAAUCAGUAAUCGAAAUCUUUUCACUCUAUGGAAAACUCUCUUACUACUGAACUUUACACUCUAAUAUUCUACCUCUUUAAUGAUGCUAUACUUGUACAAAUUUUUUCAGUUUUAAGUUUUUAGUAAUAAAUUUUUCAUUUUCAAUAAUUCAGGAAUGGAACAUUCUGUAUACAUGUACAAAAUAUGUAUAUUUUACACUGGUAAAACAAUAUAUAAAUAUAUACAGUAGGA